AGAUUCUUCCACUGGAAGUCCACAAGAAUCACACAGAGAACAUUUUUAGAGGGCGAAAAAAGAGAAAAAUUGAAAAAAUUCAAUUGUCAAAACAAUUUGCGUCGUUUUUUCCGUGAUUGCAAAUUGCAAUGGAUUGCAGCGGGGCGACGUUCUAAGAGACACCACGAUGGCGUCUGUGUUGGGAGAGGAGGUGGUCCGAUUCUUCCCGCUGCGCAGUAGUCAGGAUGUUGUGGAUUUGUUCAGGCACCAGCUGGAACGGAAUUCCGACGGUCCGGACCUCACGCUUCUUUCAAUUGUCACGGGCAUCAUUGAGAAUACCCUGACGCGUGGUCGUGGUGCGGAGGUGGGAACGGCACAGGGUGUCGAGGAGCUGAGUAACUUCCCGGUGAUUCCCAUUGAAGCCGUUGAGGUGUUAUAUAAGAAGUUCAGGACCAUUCUUGCAACUGUGGAGGGAAAAUCAGCCGGUAGGAGUGCACGCCGGGAGUUUGCGACGCGCGAACUGAUAAAGAAGGUGUCAGAUGUGAUUUGGAAUUCACUGAUAAGGAGUUCGUACAAAGAUCGUGCCCACCUGCAGAGUCUCUACAGCUACCUUGCUCACAAUAAAUUGGAUUGCUUUGGGGUGGCAUUUGCAGUGGUGGCAGGAUGUCAGAUACUUGGCUAUUCCGAUGUGCACCUUGCCAUUUCCGAAGAUCACGCCUGGGUGGUGUUUGGACGUACGCAAGAUGAGACGAUCGAGGUGACAUGGCACGGGAAGGGCUUUGAGGAUAAGCGUGGACAACCUGUUUCAGCUGGUGUGGAGUCCCAAUCAUGGCUCUACCUGUGCGGCCAUCCAGUAAUCUGUACACGCCAUAUGGAAGUUGUUGCACUCGUAUUGGCCAUAAAUCCCUCCCUGAGCAUCACAAGCGCCUGCUUGGAGGUGACGGAACUGCAACAGCAGCUACUGUGGCUCCUCUAUGACAUGGGACACAUGGAGAAGUAUCCGAUGGGAUUGGGGAGUCUCGGUGAGUUGGAGGAAAUGUGCCAGACGGACAAGAGGCCAGCAAGUGAGGAACUUUACGAGGAAUCCGUGCAAUCUGCACGUACGUACUACAAGAACUACCAUGUGUAUCCCUAUACAUAUCAGGGAGGCUACUACUAUCGCAAGAAUUUGUACAAGAGCGCCUUUGCUGCGUGGGCUAAUGCUGGAGAUGUCAUCAGACUAUACAUUUAUUCGCGGGACGAUGAGGAAAUCUACAAGGAGUUGCUGGACAUUGCCAAUGAGCAAAUUCCUCUGAUAAUGAAGACAGAAAGUUCAGGGCAUUCAGCACACAGUAUUCUACGGGAUCCUCAGUGUUUCGCCAAUCUUUUGAGAUUCUACGAUGGUAUUUGCCAGUGGGAAGAGGGUAGUUUAACACCGAUCCUUCAUAUUGGCUGGGCAAAGCCUCUUGUGAAUACCAUUUCCAAAUUUGACUACGACAUUCGAUCCCAGGUGACCAUCAAUUGUGCCAGUGACGAGGAGGAUUUGCUAUCGUCAAUUGCCAUAGUGAACCGCAAAGAGGCUACAAAGCAUCACAUGUUUGAGGAGAGUUUGGAGGAGAAGAGACGACGCGAUGGCAUGAAUAACAAUCUCAUUACGCCGGGGAAGGAAGACAAGGGGGAUGGGGGGAAGAAUUGCAAAGAGAAUGGGAGUGAGGAUGUGGCAAAACUUCCGCCAACACUUGAGGCUCUCACGGCGGCGUGUGGGGAGAAAAUUCUCAAUCCGGAUUUUCUCCUUCAAGGUGGGGGUCAACCGUUUACGGAGACCCAACAAACACCCCCAAAUGAGGCUGAAAAGUGUGUGGAUGAGGUGAAAAUAUGCCCACCGCCAAAAGUGGAGGAAGUGAAGAAGGAUGAGAACCUCGAGAAGGGCAAAGUUGACAAGGAAGCUAGUGAAAAAGCAAAAUUGGAGGCUGAGCUGAAGACACCCUCGUGUGGUGACCCCGUGAAGAAUGAUGGACCAAAAUUUGAGCCGAAAGACGAUGAGGAUGAGUUACGGCCCAAGAGACCCGUGAUAAUGCUCUAUAGUCACAAAAUGAAGGGACUAAAGGAUCUCCUACUUGCGGAGAAGCUCAACACACAUGCAAUCUCCCUUCAGGUCACUGCACAGAGUCAAGUGGGUGGGAAGAAGGGACGAGGUGGUGUCUUCUCAUCCAGUCACGGUGGAAGCAAUCUCAGUCAUUCGGUCUCCAUUGGCAGUUCCUCGAGCUUUGAUUCCGAAAUCAGCGGUGGAAGUUCGCGUCCCAAGAGAUCAAGGCGUGAGUAGAAAAGAAAAAGAAAUUCCUAUCCCAUUUUUUUUUGUGACCUCUCUACACUAGAGGUAAAGGCUUUAAGUUUGCAAAUUAACCACCCCCUCCCCCCCAUGAACUCCCGUAGAAGGCAGGAUUGGUAAGAAAAUGAACUCUUGUGAUUCAUUGGGAAGGAAAAUUUGACAAUUAAUGAUUGAAAUUUUAAGAAAAAAAGCUUGAAAAAUUUAGAUUUUAUCUCACAACUGUGAGAGAAUGAAAACUUUCUUUAAAAUUGAUGUGAAAAUACCUUCUGCAGUGCCAUUCACUAGAAGAAAGAAUGACCUAAUUAUUUUAUUUUUAAAAGAAAGAAAAAAACAUUGAUUGUCACAAAUUAACUCCCAAUGAGUGUAAAGCAUGAGGAAAAGAAUAAUUGAUUAUGGAAUGAAGUGAUUUUAUUUCUUACAAAAAAAUAUAUCUUUAAAAAAGAUAUUAAAAAAAUGUAAGAAAUAGUGAAAAGGAGCAAAUCAAAAGUAUUUUUUGUAGUUUUUUAGCAAUUACCUUUUAUACAAUGAUUUCCCGAGGAAAUCUUGUUUUAAUCACAACUACUUCCUAUUAUUGCCUACAAAAUAUUUUUAUUUUAGAAAUCAUAUUAAAAAUAUAUUUUUUAAUUUUAUUGCUUUAACAUAAUGCCUAAAACUUCUUUAUUUAUUUAUCUGUUGUUCUAUUUUUAAUCUAUUAAUUUACCUGAAUGUUUAAAAAAUGUUCUACUUUUUUAAAAUUUUUUUUACAAAGUACAUUAUAUCACGCAAUGGUUAAACCAUGCGGUAAAAAAAGAAGAAAAAAAUUGUUAUUAAAAAAAAAAACAUUAUUUGGUUCCUUGUUGAAAGAGAAGAGAUAAUGAAAAGAAGAAAUUAUUGUUGUAAUGUGAGAGAGAGAGAGGAAAAAAUUGUUGAAAUUUUUUUAUUCGUUUUUUGUUUAUUUGUUGCAUUUAAUAUUAAAUUCAGAAGAAGAAAAAAGAACAAAAUUCAUCAACAUUAAAUACGAAGAAACAAAGUCAGUUGCAAAGAUUUUGCAUAAAUGGAAGAAAAGUACAAAUUCCGUGGUUUCUUGUGCGCAAGUUUAAAAAAAAAAAAACAAAGAUAAAAGAUUGCCAAGAGCCAUAAAAAUAAAAAAAAUACAUUGUUUACUUAAAAAAAAUGAAAAAGAAGAUAAUAAAACAAAAAAAAGCUUUUACUUUCUUGGGAUAAAUUGAGAAUUUUUCCAAAGGGUGGACAAAAUCGUCCACAUAGUGGACGUUAAAAUAUCUUUAAAUGAAUUUUUCUAGAGACGUGGUUAAUAUGACAAAAAAAAAUAAUAAAAAAAAUAAAUUCAGGGGUGCUAGAGAAUUUUUGCUGUCUGAAGAGAAAGUUGACAAAAAAAAUUAUUCAAAAAAAAAUGAAGAGCAAAUAACACGUCUAUAAAAUAAAAAAAAGAAUAUAUUUUGAAAUAAAAUCAAAUAAAAGGUGAAAGGAUAACAAAAAAAAAAGUAUAAAAUAAAAACAAAUAUUAGUGGAAACCCAUUUUUCUAUCGAGCAAUUUUCUUGUAUACUUUGUAGUAAAAGAUAAAAAGAAAACAAUCAAAUCAAUAAUGAAGAACAAAAUUAAUAGUUGACAAGAUUAAUCUAAAAAUUAUUUGCUAUCGUUGCUCAAAGUGGUUAAAAGAAUUAGAUUAAAUUGAAACUUAACGUAGAGCCUACAUCCUUGCAGUUGAAUUGCUGUCCCGAUUGAUUUCUUAAGUCAUUGGAAGACCUGUUUGUAAUAAUUUUUUUCUUUAAGUUCCUCCCUUAAAAUUUGAAGGGAAACUUUAAAUUCACGUACCAAGGCCAUAGCCAGAUUAUUCAAUAUGUGUUUUUAAUUAUUUAUUAUACAUUCAAAUGGUUAAAAACAACGUCUUAGGAGUUGUCAAAAUGUAACAAAACAAUCAAUUUUUAACUUUUUAUUAUAUUAAUUCCGCAAUUUUAGCGUUUAAUGUUUUUUCUAACGUUUAACAUUUCUUUGAUAAUGUUUAACAUUUAUUUUAAUAAUGUUUGACAACCCAUUUUGAAAGAUUGACAUUUCUUUUGAACAUUUGACGUUCUCUUUCUGACGUUUAACGUUUCCCUUUUAACAGUUAACGUUAGACAUAUUUUUUUAAGUUUGAUUUCCUUUUUCUAACGUUUAAAAUUUCUUUUCUAUUGCUUAAGAAAUAUGAAUGAUCUUGAUAAAAAAAACUCUCAAGAUUCUUUUAUGACGUUUGACAUUUCUUUUCUAACAUUUGAGGUUUAUAUUUUAAGACUAACCUUUAUUUUUUCAAAGGUUGAACAAUUUUUUUGGAAGAUUGAUUUUUUUAACUUUAAAAAAGAAACUGCCUCAACUUCUACAGAGCUUAGACAACUUAGCUCCCUUUUUGGCUAUGCUACUUCGACGUACAUACGUGUCCUUAAUAAUUUCUAAUUUUUUUGCCCCUGAGCAACGAACCUUGAGCACGCUUUUACAUCAUUAUGUAGAUGACUCAGCAUAACGCGUAUUCCUUUUCUUCUCACUUUCUAUUGAUCAUAAUUUUUUUUGAAAAGUCAGAAUAGGUGCUUUUUAUAUACAAUCUGCAACACUUCUAUUUUAUUAUUAAUAUACUUAUAUAUUUAGUUAAUGUUACUAGUAGAUGCAAGAAUAGAAUUUAUUAUUAAUAGAUUUUUAAUCAGUCAUAGUUUCGUUGCAAUUUAUUGUCAUCGUAUAGAAAAACAAACGCUUCUUAGCAUUAUAUAAUUAUAUUAUGUAUUUUAUUUUUAGUUUUCUAUAUUUAUAUUAAAAUUAAAAAAAAAAUGAAAACACUGUGACAUUCAUGAAAAUGAAAAUAGCUUCUACGUAUUUUCCACACUUUUAAAAGCAUUAUUAGAGAAUAGUUUUAGUUUUUAAAAAAAGUGAAAAUAUUUCCUACAAUUUGUUAUUUAUUUUCUAAGUUUUUUUUUCUAUAAUUCACACUGAGCACAGUAUUUUUUCUUAUAGAAAUACGUAUACUACAUUUUUGUUUGUUUUCUUAACUUGCAAUUAAAACAAUGAAGAAGUUUUUUUUUUUAGUUUUCUCACACUUUUCCCGUAACAUAAAAAAAACAGCAAAUCAAGAAUAUAAAAUGUUAUUGAAAGUAUUUAAAUAAAAAGAAAAAGAAGAAAUGUGUUUGCUGUUUUAUGAAAACAAGUAAAUAGAAAAUAUUUAUUAUAAUUAAAUAAAACAUAACAAUGGUUAAUAUAUUUGAAUUUCAUCAUUAAAGAAAAAUAAACAAAUAAAAUGAAAUAGAUCCAGUAAAGAAAAAAAGAAAUGGAAUCAUUUAAUGAAGAAAAAUAAAAGAAAAAAAUAUGAAAUAUCCAUAGAAAAAAAGUUAUAAAGCAUCAAUAUUUACUGAAAAAGAAUUAAAAACAAUAUUAAGUAGAGAAAACAAAUAAUAGAGACCUCAAUUUUCUUUUUUAAAAGAAUAUUCAUCCUAUAUUAGAAUUUUUAGAGGCCUGUGAUGCAAAAGCAAAAUACAGAAUUUAACAAAAAAAAAGAAAAUGUAAAACCUACAUAAAAUAAAAAAUAGAAUAAUAUAGUGAUGAUAUUGUCUUGCUGACAGAACUUCCUUCUUUUACCUUUGAUAUUUCUCAGAAAAUUAUUAAAUAAAUUGUAAUCAAAUCUUUCUUUCCACGCCACAGUGAUAAAAAUUUUCAUUGUAAUAGUUGCGAAAAUAAAAAAAAUGCUUUUAAAUUUUCAAGUUAAAAUGCAGAAAUUCACACAAAAUAGAAGAAAAAAAUGAAACAAAAAAAGUACACAUUAGUAAGAAUUUAAAGUAAAAAAAAAGAGAAAAAUAAAAGAAGAGAAAACAGGAUAAUUGUAGGCUAUACAGAAAAUCAUCCUGAAUGAAGGAGAAAAUAUAUGAAUUUUCUGUAAUUUGAUGUUAUAAGUAAAAAAAAAUUAUUAUAGAUGUCAAAUAAAGAAAAUUAUAUGCAAA